AUGCGAGGAACUGGUCUGCUCACCUUCCUGGAUCUCUUUCGAAAGGGGCUAAUAGGGAAGAGAAACGACUUCAACAACAAAGUAUUCCAAAUGAGUUACAGAGGGGUCCGGCUGUGCGUUCUGUCCCGUGGUUUCUCAGUGAACGGGUCCAGGCCAGUUCUACGGUUCUACAGCGAGGCCCCCAACCCCAAACCUCCAGAGGGGAACGACAGAGGAGCAGACGUGGUGAAAGAGAAGGCCCUCAUUGCUUUACAAAAUGCUGCUGCGUUGGGUCGACAGUGGGCACAGAGCUCGUCCAGAACCCUCAGCUCCACUCUGAACGUGUGGUGGAGUCGAUACGAGGAGUUUGUGGGAAUCAACGAGGUCCGAGGGGCGCAGACCAAAGUCACACAGGCGGAGGCGGACUUCAUGGUGUCCCGGUCCGUGGUGCGAGAGGCCCAUGUGAACGUGGAGGCCCUGCAGGUCAGGCUGAAGGAGGUGCGGGAGCGGCUGGAGCGAGUGUCCAGGGAAGAGCCACAUUAUCUGGAGCUGGCCACAAUAGAACACAAACUUCUGCAGGAGGACCGGCGGCUGCGCUCGGCCUACGAACUCGCCGAGGGCUCGGAGAGGGAGAAGUUUGCUCUGUUUUCUGCCGCGGUGAGAGAGAGCCACGAGAAGGAGCGAACCCGGGCCGAGAGAACCAAGAACUGGUCUGUGAUCGGCUCCGUGCUGGGGGCCCUCAUCGGGGUCAUGGGCUCCACCUACGUCAACAGGGUCAGACUGCAGGAACUCAAAAGUCUGUUGCUCGAAGCUCAGAAGGGGCCAGAGAACCUACAGGAGGCUCUACGGGUCCAGGCCUCAAACCACCGCACGCAGCAGGAUGAGCUCGGGGCCCUUAUCCACCAGAUGAGGCUCUCUCUGCACAGCCUAACCACGGACGACAAAACUACUGAAAGCACUCCUCAGAGUCAGAGCAACGCUGUCUCUACGAACUUUGGAUCCACUUUGAAAACUCUCCACGACGGACAGCAGACGAUUCAGAAUAUUUUAAAUGGACUAAAAGUAAACGUGGAGUGUUUAGAGACUGAUUUAUCGAUUGUGAAGAGGACGGUGAGCGAGCCGAGGGAAGCUGCGACGCCGGAAACUCGCGUCCAAACGUUCGGAGAAAUGUUGAACGAAGAGAGUUUGGUGAAAAGUUUAGAGAAAUCACAGACGAAUUUGUGCGUGAGAUUAAGGGACAGUGUAGUGUACAACGCCGUGGUGGUUUAUACGGCAAGUGCUUUGACGGUGUCUGUGCUGUAUCUGCUGCUGAGGGGAGCCACACCAUGA